CUUCCAGGAUCCAACAUGGCUCCCCGCACAGCACGCGCCAAGGAGCUUCCGGCCACGCCCAACAAGUAACAUUCUUCUACCAUUGGGUGAGAUAUGGCCAGUGUGAGCGGCUGUCCACUAGGAAUGGGAGGGUGUGGUCAGGUGACCCUCUCCAAGAGCUGUGUGUGAGUGAGGAGACUGGUCACGUGAUCAGAGACUGUCAGACCAUGGAGCUGAGCAGGCGGGUUGUGUUAUGUCGAUAUCACUUUUCCCGGCUGUCUCGGGGGCGCGGUGGAGACCUCCUCGUUAAGAGACCGUCCUUGCGAUAUCUCGGAUCACAGACACAGGGGGCCAGCUCUCGCUCAGGGACCCGCUGGUGGCUCCUGGGCUCCCUACUUGCCGUUCCGUCCCUCGGCGCAGCGACGUAUUACUACUCCGAACGCCACGAGAGACGGCGCAUGAGGAUCCUGCUGCAGGGAAUCGGACGCUUCUGGAGGUCUCUCCUGAUUGGCUCCCGGAUCUCGGUAGAUUACUGGUGGACGAGUCGCGUGACGCUGCGCGGUGAGGAUGAGGUGAGUGAGUUUGGGGUAACUGGUUACGUUGCGGACGUUCUUCCCUGUUUGUGA